AUGGGCAGCCGAAAGGCACGCAAGUUGCGUGGCCUCCCUGAACCGGACGAGGAUAUUCUUGAGAGGUACAAGUUGCACAAUAUGGUGGACGAAGACACGACUACAUGGACCGCACCGCUGCGAAAACUUGGCAAUGCCAACCUACACUUUGAAGAGGACGUCGACACCUUUCCAUGGGGAAAGCCAGCUAUUGCAUUGCAACGAACUCUUCCCAAGGCAGCCGGAGACACAAACAACACUUCGCCCAACCACGACAAGCUGUUCAGUUCCGGGCUUUCAUCGACGUUUCCUUCUGCUUUGCGGGCAACCUGUCCGCCCAAUGAACUAUCGACUUUUACCUUCGAGCAAGCGAGGGUCCUGUCCCCGAUGGGGACCCGAAUGGUCACCCGGGCUUCGGACAUGGUCUUUCGGAGCUCAGCCGACCAAGAACCAAAUUUUGGCAUCUCGAAGAGUUCAUUCAGUUCGCUCAGGUGGAAGGGCAAGGAGAGGGCCGCGAUUAACAGAUCUCCGACGACGUCUGAUAUCCUCUUUGCCCGCCGAGACUGGGUCGCAGAAAGACACGCCAUUUGGGACGCUGACGGAAUACUCGCAGGGUAUGUUUGGAACAAGCCAACGACAGGAACGUGGAAGUACGUCUUGAAACGGGCCCGCUUCAAGCUGCUGGACGAUGAGCCCUUUAGGUUGGCUGGUCUUGAUACUGUUAAAAUAUUCUACCACCAUAACUAUGAUAUGGUAUCCCUAGACAAAGGAGUACAUCGUCCGGACACCUUUUUAGUCUGGCAGUAA